CUCGCUGCAAAAUGGCGGCGGCCGGUCCGCCCUCAAGCCCCGGGCGGCUCCCGGUUCGUCCCCGGCCCGGCCUCGCUCGGUUCCGAGGCUGUUUAGCCGGAGCGUUGUUGGGGGAUUGCCUGGGAGCUGUUUUCGAAGGCAGGAGCGUGGUGAAGCUGCCGGAGUUGCUGAGUUUCCUCAAAGGGCUGGAAGCGGCGCCGCCUGAGGAGGGAGGGGAGGCGGCGGGGAGCGCACGUGGAGAGUCGCUGCCGUACACGGAUGACACGGCCAUGAGCAGGUCGGUGGUGCAGUCACUGCUGGCCAAGCAGGAGUUCGAUGAGGUUGACAUGGCCAAGAGGUUUGCUGAGGAGUACAAGAAGGAGCCCAACAGGGGCUAUGGGAUGGCCGUGGUCAACGUCUUCAAGAAGCUCCUGAGCCCCAAGUGCAACGAUGUGUUUGAGCCCGCGAGGGCCCAGUUCAACGGGAAGGGCUCCUACGGGAACGGUGGGGCCAUGAGGGUGGCCGGCAUCCCCCUUGUCUAUCCCGACAUCCAGGAUGUCAAGAAGUUUGCGAAGCUGAGCGCAGAGCUGACCCACGCCAACUCCCUGGGCUACAACGGGGCCAUCUUGCAGGCCCUGGCUGUGCACCUGGCACUGCAGGAAGGGCUCAGUAGGGAAACCUUCCUGGAGCAGCUCAUCAGCCACAUGGAGCACGUGGAGGCAGAUGACAAGUCUCUCAGUGAUGCCCGAGCGCUGGGAUUUGAGGAUUUACCAUUUUCCAGGCGUCUAAAGAAAAUCAAGGAAUUUUUGGAGCUCAGCAGUGUUCCCAAAGCAGAUGUAUUGUCUGAGUUGGGCAAUGGCAUCGCUGCGCUGCGCUCCGUCCCCACUGCCAUCUACUCCUUCCUGCGCUGCAUGGACGCUGAUCCUGACGUUCCUGACCACUACAACGCCCUGCAGAGAACCAUUAUCUACUGCAUCUCCCUGGGGGGGGACACAGACACCAUCGCCACCAUGGCGGGGGCCAUCGCCGGCGCCUAUUACGGGGAGGAGCAGGUGCCCCCGAGCUGGGAGCAGAGCUGUGAGGCUUUCCAGGAGACCCAGAGGAUGGCCAAGAGCCUCUAUGAACUCUACUGCCAGCGGCUCUGAGCUCCGGGGCAGCUCCAGGGCUUUCCUGAAGGCAAAGGGAUGGUGAGCUCUGCUUCUGUGGUCAGGCCCAGCGAUGGAUCCACGCCAGCGAGCCUCACUGGGAAGGGCGCCUGCUGCUGUCAGCUGGGAGCUGGAGCCAGCCUGGAAAAGAGAGGACAUCCCUUCAGUCACAGAUCAGCUGGGAAGUGGCUGCACUUGGACAGUGGGUGCAGCUCCCUGAGUGUACACGAGUGUCUCAUUUUCCAUAGGAUUUCUGCUGAUUGCUUUGUCCACCAUUGUGCCAUUUGUCACUGCAGUCACUGGCAGGUGUCUGAAUCUGUGGACUUUCUCCCUGUUUUCCUCUGCUCCCAUGUCCAUGGGCUGUGUUUUGGUGGUCAGUGGCUUGUCCCCUGGUACAGCAGCAGGUCAUUCUCAGCUGGCCAGAUAAGGGGUGUCAUGGGAGUCACCAGAGAGGCCUGGUGGCCCAGGUUGUCACCUGUGCUGAAUUAGGAUAAUGGAACACAGAUUUCCAGGGAGGUUUGUUGCCUUAAAGGCAGAAUGAGAAGGACCAGAGAAGGGAGAAGGGAUUUCUUUGCAUUGCUGUUGGCUCUGUGAGAGACUUUUGAUGCCUGCAGACAAUCCCAGCUGCCUCAUUGUCCCUGCUGGGAGAGGGUGUCACUAAUUGCUGCUCCUCCUGUGUCCUUGGCCCUGUGAUCCAACAGGCACCUCCUGCACUUUGUGCCCCCUUGCACAGCUGCUGUCACACUGCUGCAGCCACUCUGGCUGCUCCUGUGUUCCCAAUCUAUGUAUCCUGUAUUUUUAAAGUCCUGUAUAUGCCCAGAGCACCAAGUUCCUGUUUUAAUCACAGAAUACCCCAAAUUGAAAGGGACCCACAAGGACCAUGAGAGUCCAGCUCCUGUGGAGUGCAGAUCUGGGAGUGGAAGUAGUACAGGGUUAGAAUGCCUGGUUCUACUGCAGUCAUACACAAAAGUGACUAGCAGGAUGCAGGAGUUAAUUUAUCACAGUCUCAGCCUCUGUACUUGGUAAAAAUUGCCCCAGAAUUACAGGGAGAGGUAGGUUAAUUGGGGACAUCAAUACUGAAAAGAAGCUGCUGCUGAUGGCCAAGAACAUUCUAGCACAGCUGUGUUCCAGAACUUCACAUUUAAAACCUUUUCCUAGUGGAGCUGGUCAAAAAGACAGAAACAGCUUGGGAAUGGCACAUCUAGGAAGGGUUUGAAGUUUUUUAAUAAUUGAAAACAAAAAGUGAUCAUAUGGAAAUGUUUAUAAACUUAAAUGUGACAGUGUAACUCUUGUUAUUUCUCCAGUAUGUCUUGUGACACCGGGAAGUGGUUGUGGUGCUCCCCAGUGGUGUCAGCACGUGGUGGCUCUGUCAGGCUGCAUGCACAUGUGGGAAUCUGGCUACCACAGGUCCUUCCAUUUUCCCCUGUUGUCUGCUCCCUUCAAGUGCCAGUCUUUUGUGUGAUGCUAUAAUGGGUUUUCCUUGUAUAAAUGGAUUCUUGUCCUGGGAACAUGUGGAAUUUUGGUCUGUUGUAUAUUUUUGUAUUGUGCUGCAGAUCUGAGCUGUAAAAUAUCAGUUUUCCAUAUUAUUCUGCCAGAGGGACAACCAGAUUCAUGUAAUUAUUUAAAAGAAAAUAUUUUUCUUUUAAAGCAACUUUAUAAUUUUAAAUGUUUGGAACUACUGGCAAGCAAAGAGCUCUUGUUAAAAGACUGGAGCUCUUUGUGCCUGACUUUAGAUGUGUACUAAACCCUUUAGUUUCCUUGGAAAGAAGUAAAGUCCCUCAGUUAUCUUUGUUAAGUA